CGUUGUAGAAUUACCUACGUUGUACAAUCGUAGGUUGUGUCUUGUGUUUAAAAUGGGUGUGUGGUACAUUGUGUUACUUUCCGUGAUGAUUGGAGUGGUGGCCAAUCAAGAUACUCCCAACAAUCCUCCUUAUACAUUGGAAGAAGGCACGAAUACAGCCGAAUCACGAAUAUUAGAGAGAAUUGAGCAUUUAUCCCUAACCAUGAAUAAUAAAAUCAAAGAGUUUGACGAUCGAGUUGAUGAAAAGUUACGAAAAGUGUUGGAACAAUUACAAAGUUUCUCAAUUACCACUAAACAACGCUUGGUCAAUCUGGAGCAAAAGCUGGAACGAUUUCCAGAAGACACGGGAGUGUACUUCAUGAAGCCGGAUCCAUCCAAGAACGUAUCGUUUGAAGUAGCACGCGACUUGACGAAUAAUCAUGGAUUCGGUAGCAAUUGGAUCGUUUUCCAGCGACGGUUCAACGGUUCGGUCAACUUUUAUCGCAACUGGACUGAGUACAAGCAGGGAUUCGGUGAUCUACGCGGUGAACACUGGUUGGGGUUGGAUAAGCUGCACUCGAUCGUAAAAACCGGCCAACACGAGCUGCUCAUCGUGAUGGAAGACUUCGACGGUGUGAUUGCGUUUGCACAUUACGAUGACUUUAAGAUCGGUGAUGAAAGUGAGAAAUACAAAAUAAAAUCACUGGGUCAAUACACCGGUACGGCCGGUGACUCGUUUUCCUAUCACAAGGAUGAAGUUUUUUCAACAUACGAUCAGGACAAUGAUAGAGCUGGUGCUAACUGUGCCAAAUCGUUUGUUGGUGCCUGGUGGUUUUACAAGUGUCAUCGAUGUCACUUAAAUGGAGAAUAUCUGAAUGGAAAAAUCAAUCGCCAAGUUGGGAUAAUGUGGACGGAGUUUCGAGGAUCGUAUUACUCCCUGAAGAGCACAAAAAUGAUGGUUCGGCCUGUUGCGUGA